UUCACUUCCUUUCCAGUCGCUCGCCCAGAACCGGCUCCUCCCCUUUCGGAUAGCUCCGGAAAUUCAGCGCUCUCGCGCGUGAGUCUCAUCAAGCUUCUCCCGCCCCCAAGAUCAAAACUGAGAAUCGAAACUGCACUGGGUUCCAUGCAGCCUGAGCCUGCACCCGCCAGAUCUUCGGGGACCCAACAGGACUCCGCACUGCCCGACAUGUCCACCAUGCCUCCCCCGGAGUCUCCCUCCGAAAGCCAGCAGCCCAGUCCGGACCACAGCCCCACAGAGCAAACUACGGAGGAGGAGUUCCAGUUUCUGCGCUGCCAGGGCUGUCAGGCAGAAGCCAAGUGCCCUAAGCUGCUGCUUUGCCUGCACACACUGUGUUCAGGAUGCCUGCAGGCCCCGGACAUGCGGUGCCCUAUCUGCCAGGCGUCCCUUCCUCCUGGCGCUGAUGGACCCGUCCUUGAUAACAUCUUCUUUGAGAGUCUGCAGCGGCGCCUGUCAGUGUACCAGCAGAUUGUGGAUGCGCAGGCCGUUUGCACCCGCUGCAAAGAGCCGGCAGACUUCUGGUGUUUCGAGUGCGAGCAACUCCUCUGCGCCAGCUGCUUCGAGGCGCAUCAGUGGUUCCUCAAGCACGAGGCCCGGCCCCUGGCGGAGCUCCGCGGGCAGGCGGUAUGCCAGUUUCUGGACGCCACGCGCAAGUCCAACAACAUCUUUUGCGCCAACUCCAACCACCGCAACCCUACACUGACUAGCAUCUACUGCCGAGGCUGCUCCAAGCCGCUGUGCUGCUCUUGCGCGCUCCUGGACAGCGGUCACAGUGACCUCAAGUGCGACAUCACCGCAGAGAUCCAACAGCGGCAGGAGGAGCUGGACGCCAUGACGCAGGCAUUGCAGGAGCAGGACAGCGCCUUCGGCAUGGUGCAGGCGCAGAUGCGGUCAGCUGUUAGCCAGCUGGGAAGCGUGCGCACCAACCUGGAGGAGCUUAUCCGCGCACGUGUCCGCCAGCUAGUAGCCCAUGUGCUGGCACAGGAAAACGAGCUGCUGGAGGCAGUGAACGCGCGGUAUCAGAGCGAGUACAAGAAGAUCGCGGGCCAGUUGGGCCAACUGGACGCUGUGCUGCAGCGCAUCCGCACGGGCAGCGUGCUCGUGCAGAGGAUGAAGCGCUAUGCCUCAGACCAGGAGGUGCUGGACAUGCAUGGCUUCCUGCGAGAGGCGCUCCGCCGCCUGCGCCAAGAGGAGCCCCAGAGACUGCACGCCGCUGUGCGCACUGAUGGCUUCGAAGAAUUCAAGGAGCGCCUGCAGGACCUCGUCUCUUGCAUCACCAAGGGGACAGAUGCAGCUCUACCCAGGAGAGCCAGCCCAGAGGCGACCAGCACUCCCAGGGAGCCUUCUGACGUUGAUCUGCCAGCAGGGGCACAGGUGCAGGCCCUGGGGCUGGCUGAGUCUCAACCUGUGGCUGUGGUACAGUCGGUGCCUGGGACACACCCUGUGCCAGUGUACGCCUACUCCAUCAAAGACCCCUCCUGUAGAGAGGAGGUCUCCAACACAGCCACGCCACAGAAGAGGAGGAAGUCCUGCCAGACCGAGUGCCGCAGGAAGGUUAUCAAGAUGGAGUCCGAGGAAGAGAAGGAGGCCAGGGUGUCCCUGAGCUCCCCCGAGCAGCCCAGGCCCAGCACCUCCAAGGCAGUCUCCCCACCGCCCGUGGAGGCGUCCCAGAGCCCUGAGAGCCACACCGCAGGAAAUGAGGAACUCACCAACCAUGAGACUGGCGACUCUGGGGAGGCAGAGGAGCGCGUUGUGGUGAUCAGCAGCUCAGAGGACUCAGAUGCUGAAAACUUGUCCUUCCGAGAGCUGGAUGACAGCAGCAGCGAGUCCAGUGACCUUCAGCUGGAGGGCACCAACUCCCUCAGGGUCCUGGAUGAGAGCCUCACAGACCUCCAAUCAGAAGUCAGGCCCCUGGUUUUCUUUGACCUCAAGAUUGACAAUGAAACCCAGAAGAUUAGGCAGCUGGCAGCCGUGAACCAGGAGAGCAAAUUCCGAGUGCUCAUCCAGCCAGAGGCCUUAAGCAUCCACUCCAAGGCGGUCUCCCUGGAGGUGGGGCUACAGCACUUCCUCUGCUUCCUGAGCUCCAUGUGCCGUCCCAUCCUGGCCUGCUAUAAGCUGUGGGGGCCCAGCCUCCCCAAUUUCUUCCGGGCCUUGGAAGACAUGAACAAGCUUUGCGAGUUCCAGGAGGCCAUCUCCGGCUUCCUGGCCACUCUGCCCCUCAUCCAGGAGCGAGUGCCCCAGGCCAGCAGCUUCAAACUCAAGAGUUUGGCCAAGACCUACCUGGCAAGAAACAUGAGUGAACACAGUGCCCUGGCGGCUGUGCUGACCAUGCGUGACCUGUGCCGUCUCCUUGAAGUCUCCCCGGGACCCCAGCUGGCCCAGCACAUAUACUCCUUCAGCAGCCUGCAGUGCUUCGGAUCCCUGCAGCCCCUGGUGCAGGCAGCCGUCCUGCCCCGGGCCGAGGCCCGCCUCCUGGCCCUCCACAACGUGAGCUUCACGGAGCUGUUGACUGCACACUGUCAAGACCCACAGGGGGGCUUGAAGAAGUACAGCCGGUAUCUACAGGCCACCUCAUCGCCCCCUGCACGGCCUGCUCUCAACUUUCAAGCUAUGAGUACCUACUUCAAAAGCCUGUUGGAGGGGCCAGCCUUGGCAGUGGGAGAAGGCAUCUCUACCCCUCUUGCUAGCCACAGCUUGGCCCAAAGGGCUCCCCAGCACAGCUGAGAUGAGGGAAUGACUGGCUUGGAAUCUCUGGGGACAGAGAGGGAUGUUGUCCCUCAGCCAGGCCCUGCCCAUCACAGCAUCCCCAGAACCUGGUCCCUAAUACUCAGCUGACAUUUGGUCCAGAAUUAGGUCUUGUUCUCUGGGACCAAACUCCCCUUCUCUAAAAAUCCUACAGAGAAGGUUCCAAGGCCAAGCAGCCACCCCCUGGAGCUACCAGAUCCCUGAUGCACCAGUGAGUUAACUCACCAGGCCGUUGGCCCCUCCCUUGCAGGAGCCAGAACCAGGGAGGUCCUGGGUGAAGAAAGCAGGGCCUCGGCUAAGUGGCCUCCAGCUUGCCCCCCCCCCCCCCCCAGCUUGCCACUUUCUGUUCCUGCAGCUCCUCCCUGACUCCCAGCCACUGCCCAGGGGACCUGCCAACAGCUCCCAUGGACACCACCUGCAACACCAGUGGCCCCACAGGUACUCAAAGUGCCUUUCAAACUAAACUGCCCCUCAGGAGCUUGGGUUCUCCCAGCCUCAGCCUGGAAGCCGGCCCUCUGUCCACUUCCCACAUAUCUGCAGAGACAGAAGCUGCUGUGCCAUGCCUGUCCCCACUUCCCUCCACACUAGCUUCCUUCCUCUUGGCCACAGAAACACUCCCCUUAGUCCAGGCUUUGCCCUUUGGUCCUCAGGCUACUGACCCCUCUCAGCAUGGCCCUUGGCCAUGUCUGCAGAACAGGACUGGACUCUGGGUGGCACCCAGCAAGCUGUUUAGUGUAGCAGGCUGUCCAGGGGAUGCCGAUGCCGGCUGAGUUCCAGGACCAUUGCUGUGCGGACUGCACUUCAAAGGAAAAGCUGUGUGGAGCAGCAGAGCAAGUCCCAACCUGGGAUAAGGUCUCUUCCUGAGUCCCCUUGUCCCCACCCGUAAAAUGCCUGGUUGGUCUGGAUGGUCCGAGUCCCAUUCAACCCUGCCAUUCUGGGAUUUUAAGAAUGGGCAGCAUGCCACUAGGCAGCAGACAGGUGGCUUCAUUCUUGAAGCCUAGCCCCCAAGCCUAAGCUAAGGUUCCCGGCCUGCGGGCACAGCAGAGGUCAGCAGCACACUAGCAGGUCAGAGCCAUCCCUUCUGACUGGCAGAACCAGUGUCCCCUCCCCUUCCCAUCCCUGUUCCUCGAUUUUUGCUACUGGGAUGCAGUCCAGACCCCAGCUUCCAUGGGCUCAGCUUUCACAAAGGUGAAGUCUGUGUGCGCACACCUCAGCCCCCGUCUUGUGGGUACCCUGAAAACCCAUUAAGGGAUUACAUAGAAACUUGCUACAACAGCGAGAGCACUGGUUCUACCAGUGAAUUCUGAUGCAUUUAAAAUAGGUGCUGCCUCUGAAGCUUGGCAGAAACAGACUGAUGGGAAGAGGGGAGGAGGGGCCUGGGGCCCUGGGUGGGCUGUGAUGCCAUCGUCUUGGCAGCCACAAGGCAGCCUAGGCCUGGACUGAGCAGUGCUCAACUAUCCUAGUGCAAGCCCAGCCCCACAAUGCCUGCUACCUUCAGAUGCAUUUCAUCACAGCUUUUAUAAUAAAGUCUGAUCUGCCCUCUCCACUUUCACAGCCUUUAAUAAAGACUUGAAUCUUCAAAGCC